AUGCCAAGCUCACCGCCGUGUCCAGCAUCCCCACAGCCUAGCCAGCAGCGACGACGGCUUCUUAGCAGCAGAGCUUGCGACCGUUGUCGGCGGAGAAAAGCGAAGUGCGACUCGUCUGGCACAAGUAAUGCCUGCUCCCUAUGCCUCGAGGCCGAAGAAAGGUGCACGUUUGAUGUCCCUUCUGCGAGACGAGGACCCAAAAUCAGAAGGAUAACUGGGUCGACCGUCGCCGAGAAUAGAGAAAACACGGCGCCUUCGGCACUAUCACCUGCAAAUGGGGCGGUUGGAGUCCCGUCCUUUGGGAGCCCCAUUGGAGAGUCUCCAUCUGGCUCGUGGGAGCAUGGCGAGACUCUCCAUAUCGAACAUGCACUCUCUCCACAAACGAUUCGCAGCUCUGUGUCUGAUCCUUCAGGGACUCAUCGCCUUUCAGCUAUCCAAAGGUGGCAUGGCCUCUCCCGGUCACUGGCACUCAUCAACGUGAACAUCAACCAGAUGGUUACUCGAUGCUUUGAUUUGUUUUUCGAGUAUCUCUAUCCUCUUACUCCGUUGGUUCAUGAGCCAAGCCUACGAGAAGGGCUGGUAUUCUUUUUGGCUCACUCAUCUACGAGCCUAAACAGCGCUUCUCGAUCAAGAGUAGAUGCAGUCCCGGGUCAACCAGAUGAAGCAUGGCCGGAUUUCACGCAUGGUGCCCCAGUCAGUCUUUCGAUAAUAGAGCCGUGGCAUGAUUCGACUUUCACUCUCAUCACCGCUGUAUGCGCCGAGGCCGCCUUUCUGCUGCCCAGGGACCUAUUCGCAGAAGGAGAAAGCGUCGCCAAUAUCUUCCUCCAAGCCUCUCGUGGAUGUUUGAAUCAGUAUCUCGAGGCAGACUUGGAGAACCCUAACGCCAACUCCAUUGCCAUUCGCUACUUUCACUCCAACUGCCUCCAUGCAGCUGGGAAGCCAAAGUACUCAUGGCACAUAUUUGGUGAGGCCACACGACUUGCGCAGGUGAUGCAGCUGCACGAGGAGUCUUCGCUUGAGGGACUGUUCCCCAUUGAAGCCGAGUUGAGGCGAAGGGCAUUCUGGAUCGUGUACAUGGGCGACAAAUCUGCCGCCAUCUUGAAUAAUCGGCCCAUCACCAUCCACAAGUACUCUUUCGAAGCCGGCAUCACGACCUCGUACCCAACUGGCAUCGAAGAUGAGUCCUCUAUUGGUCCUUCACCGGGAAACGAGGCACCUUCGCCUGGCAGCAGUCGCAGGAACUUUAUCGAAGGCUUCAAUGCAAACCUGCGGCUUUGGCAAGCAGCGUCUGACGUUCUGUUAGAAGCCCGACUCAUCCAUGACAGGGAAAACCUAGGAAUGGCCUCUGCUCCGCCCCAAGCUCUCUUGACCAACGAGCAGCGUCGCCGCCUCGACGCCCUGUAUGUAAACUUCAUCACAUGUCUAGACGACCUCCCGCCAUAUUUGCAAUCAUACACCUUCGCAGCUAUCGCGACUGGCGGAAAGGAGACCACGACGCAGUCGAAGCAGUUCAUCAUCCAGUGUGCCAACCUGCAGGUCUCGCUGCACUGCCUCAAGAUGGCAAUCGCGGAGAAACUGGAUCUUCCAACAUGCUUUGGCACCAGCAUCGAGCAGGCAGACCUGAAAAAGACGGAGAUAGCAAGGGAUAUGCUGCGGGUGAUGCAUGAGGCACCGUUCUGGUCGUUGCAGGUAAAUGGGGAGCCAUACGUUGAGAAGAUUCGGCUCAUCGGAGCCAGCUUGUUAGCGAUAAUUCACCGGAAUCAGAGUUCGCCUCUGGCCACCAGAGCACGUGCUGACUUUUCGGUUUUGCUUGAUAUUCUGACACGGCUGGACUCUAAAGCGUCUAAUUUGCUGCGAAGCAAUUCAACGUGGGAUGUAUACGCUUCGAAAGGAUAA